UCAUUCAACGUGGAUGUUACCCAACACAGAGUUGGCGAAAGGCGGCGAAAUAACUGAAUUGAAGUCACAAUUAAGGUAACCAAAGGAAGCUGCAUCACCAUAUACAGUGCCGUGUAUAUAUACAAACUACAUUUGCCAUGACUCAUAAAUGCAUCCACUGGUUCCGUAAGGGACUGCGGCUACAUGACAACCCAGCACUGAUGGCCGCACUGAGAGACUGCAAGGAACUCUACCCAGUCUUCAUCCUGGAUCCCCACCUCUUCGACAAGACACGAGUGGGCCUCAACCGCUGGAGGUUCCUUGUGGGAGCGCUCACGGACCUGGACCGCAGCCUUCAAAAACUCAACUCCAGGCUAUUUGUCGUGAGAGGCAGGCCAGAAGAUGUUUUCCCUCAGCUGUUCACCGAGUGGAAGAUAACCAAGCUGACAUAUGAGUUUGACACAGAGCCUUACAGCGCGUCCCGUGACAAGAGAGUGACCGCCUUGGCUAAAGAACACAAAGUGGAAGUCGUCUAUAAAGUGUCCCACACCCUUUAUGACAUAGACAGGAUAAAUGAGGAGAAUAACGGGAAAGCUCCCCUCACAUACAACCGCAUGCAAGCCAUCGUGAAGACCCUCGGCCCCCCAAAGAAACCAGUCGCUGCUCCCACCGUUGAGGAUGUGAAAGGCCUGAAGACCCCUCACUUGGGCAACGACAUGAAUUACUACGGUGUACCAGCGCUGGACGAGCUCGGCCAUGAUACGUUAGAGCUUGGAGAGGAGCCGUUCCCUGGAGGAGAGCAGGAAGCUUUGAGGAGGCUGGAGGAACACAUGAAGAAAAGUGGAUGGGUAUGCAGCUUUGAGAAACCUCAGACUUCUCCCAACUCUCUGAGCCCGAGCACCACAGUCCUCAGCCCCUAUGUCGCCUUCGGGUGCCUGUCUGCACGCACCUUCUGGUGGAAGCUGACCGAGGUCUACCAGGGGAAAAAGCAUUCGGACCCGCCAGUGUCCCUGCAUGGUCAGUUACUGUGGAGAGAGUUCUUCUACACUGCCAGCGUGGGCGUCCCCAAUUUUAACAAGAUGGAGGGCAACCCCGUGUGCACUCAGGUGGACUGGGAUAGCAAUCAUGACUACCUAGCGGCCUGGAGAGAGGCUCGAACCGGAUUCCCCUUCAUCGACGCCAUUAUGACCCAGCUGAGACGAGAAGGAUGGAUCCAUCACCUCGCUAGACACGCUGUGGCCUGCUUCCUCACCAGAGGAGACUUGUGGAUCAGCUGGGAGGAAGGACAAAAGGUGUUUGAGGAGCUGCUGUUAGACGGCGACUGGGCUCUCAAUGCUGGGAACUGGCAGUGGCUGUCAGCGAGCACCUUCUUCCACCAGUUCUUCAGGGUCUACUCUCCUGUGGCCUUUGGCAAGAAGACGGACAAAAAUGGCGACUACAUCAAGAAGUACCUUCCCAUUUUGAAGAAGUUCCCCGCCCAGUACAUCUACGAGCCUUGGAAAGCGCCACGCAGUGUGCAGCAGGCGGCGGGGUGCGUCGUGGGUAAAGACUAUCCGCGUCCUAUUGUGGAGCAUGAAGUGAUCAGCAAGAAGAACAUCCAGAGGAUGAAGUUAGCUUACGCCAAGAGGUCCGGCAACUCUGAUGAAUCAGCCAGUAAGAAGCAAGGUGUGAAGCGUGAGGCUCCCUCUGUUGUCCACAUGCUGAAGAAGAAAGGGAAAAAAUGACAGCAAAAGUUCAAAGUGUAGUUGUUGGGUUUUACCUGAUAGAUUGAUAUGCCCAGUCUGGUUGUGCUUGGGCACACUUCAUUUUCCAUUGGGUACAAUUUCAUAUUUUUUUUAAGGCUGGUUUAUAUUUAUAUAUAUAUAUUUUUUUUAACUCUUUCUAGGUCCUUUCUUAUUGGUGUCCUCUAGGGAUGUGUUGCUUGCUUUCAUCCUCUCUACACUGUAAUGUUAUAUCCACCCCAUUAAAGUGCUUGCAGAGUUAUGGCUAAGGAAGUGAUCUGUGCAUAACUCUUUGAUGAUGGACACUAAACUUGAAACCUACAAGGAUCUCAUUAGUACCACUAAGGGGCGCUGUUACUCCAGUCACCUAACUAACUUCUUUUGCCUGCAUUUUGUUUCAUGACUUUACCCUGUUUGAGAAUCAUAUCAAAUUAAAUAGAGUACGUAUAUUCUGAUGUAUAUCGCAAUAUAAAAAAGUGUUUGAUGAUUGCAGUGUGAGUGUAAGUGUCAGCUGUCCUGGUAAGUCAAGUGUUCUCCGGUUGCUGCUUCCUUGGAGCUGACACUGGUGUGAAUAUCCAGAAGAUGAUGUCACAACCUUGACCGUGGGCCAGUUGGGCGCGCAAAGCUUAGCUUGGUUUCCACAGAGAUGUGUCAAACACCCAAACAGUGUGCUGUGCAACUGUGCAUGUGUAUUGUAAGGAGGGAACCUUUUCGGUAAACUCCUGUGAUUGUCAAAUCCUGGUAAAGUAAAAUUGGAAGUUUUUUGAAUGAAAUAUUGACCGGCCUCACUUGUGCUAU